AUGUCUAGCCCGAAAAUCACAGAAGGCGAAGUGAACUUUGACGCUCCCGGCGCUGGAAAGCCAUGCAAUACCUGGUACAAGGUGUUCGGAGACUUAUCAUCCAAGACGCAUCGACCCCUUCUGGUUAUCCACGGCGGCCCAGGCGUCGUCCACCAGUACCUCCUGCCGAUCUCGCAACUCGCCGCGGAGCACGGCAUGCCGGUCAUAUUCUACGACCAGAUCGGGAACGGGAACAGCACGCACCUGCCCGAGCUCAAGGACGACAAGUCCUUCUGGACCGAGGCGCUCUUCCGCGCCGAGCUCGACAACCUGAUCGUCAAGCUCGGUAUACAGGACGACUUUGCCAUCCUGGGGCACUCGUGGGGCGGGAUACUUGCCGCUCGGCUCGCCGCGGACCGCGCUCCGGGUCUGAAGCGCCUGGUUCUGGCCGACUGUCUGACGAGCAUGGAGCUCUGGCUCCGCUCGCUCUCCGAGCUGCGCGCGGGCCUGCCGCAGGGGCUGCAGGACACGCUCCGAAAGCACGAGCAGGACGGCACGAUCGACUCGGUGGAGUACCAGGCGGCCGUCGCGGCGUACUACCAGCUGCACGUCUGCCGCGUCGACCCCAUGCCGGAGGAUCUUGCGAACACGUUCGCGGAGGUGGGCAAGGAUCCCACGGUAUACGUUGCGAUGUACGGUCCUACGCAGUUCGACGUGACCGGCGCGCUGAAGAGUUACGAGAUGUCGGAGGCGGACAUGGAGAAGAUCGAGGUGCCGACGCUUCUGAUCAACGGCAAGUACGACGAGUCGAAGGACUACGAGAUCCAGAAGUUCUUCGACCUGAUCCCGGACGUGAGCUGGACGAGGUUCGCGCAUUCCAGCCACACGCCUCAGCUGGAGGAGCGGGAGAAAUAUCUGCGCGUCGUCGGCUCGUUCCUCACGCAAUCUUAG